AGAGAAACAUACAAGACAAAGAUUCGAGGAUCCAUCCAAACAGUUUAUUUAUGCUUUGAAUUAUAUCUAAAAUAUUUUCUGUAAGAAGCCAUGACAAAUAAUCUCUCAUUAAGUCAGAAGGAAAAGGAGAAAGAAGCAGAGAAAAAGGACAAUCCGGCAAAGCCAGAAGAAAAAGACUUUUUAAAAAUAUUCGACCUUGUAUGCAUUGGCGAUUUAAAGAAUUUAAGAAAUGCAUUAUGCGUAUAUGAAAUAAGCCAAGGCAAAGUAUUUGAUCUUAAAAUAGUAAACAAGUUUGGAGUAUACCUAAUACACUCUGCGGCCUACUAUGGCCAGAGAGAGGUAGUGCAGUUUCUUCUAUCGGCAGUAAGCGAAGCGGAGGAGAAAGACAUGGCUCUUUUUGAAGCAGUUACUUCUGACAAUAUUUCAUUUGAAAGCAAUGAUGCAGACAAUAUUUCUACAGCCAGCUCUUCAAUUCUUCCUGUAAUAUUUGGGCAUGCGAAGCCCAGUACGUGUUUUAUAAAUUGCCGGUCUUUAGAUCAUAGCGCAACUCCCCUUCACUAUGCAGCUCUUGGAGGGAAUAAAAACAAUAUCAUUCUGUAUUUGCUUGCGUGUGGAGCAGACCCAAGGCUGAGGGACAGCAGGGGAAUGACUGCGCAGGAGCUAGCCAAAGAGCACGGCCACAAAAAAACCGAAAGAAUAAUUAGUAAGUAUGUUAGAACAAUAAAUCAAAAAAUGGAUCUAUUAUAACCGGUCCAAAUAUAAAUCUUAGCAAUAAUUGCAUUUUUGUAGAAUAUACUACUACAGCCGCUAAACACCCACCACUGCAUAUAUACAUAAUAUAUGUUCGGGUAUAGUUAAAAUCACUGAACGCACAAGUUAUUUUCAGACGCAUUAUAACAACUGGACUUUUUACAAAAAGCUCUAUAAAUAGUUUGUUUUAUUAUUUAUUUAUCUACUUGCAUAAAUAACAGACUGUUUUCCGUUUAAAUAAAUGUCUUAUAACACAAUCCA